GACAACAUCAGCUGAAUCAUCCCUCUGGGCAGGCUGCUAGAAUCUUUUCAUCUCCAACACAAGUAUCCUCCAAACUAUUCUCCUCCGAGUCAUAAAAAAUGGGAGACACCUUACGUGUAACAGUUGGAAUAAUGGCGAAUGCAGCUUCUCUGCUCCUAUAUGCAGCACCCAUACCAACUUUUAAAAGGAUGAUAAGGAAGAGGAGCACAGAAGAGUUUUCAUGCGUCCCAUACAUCCUUGCUUUAAUGAAUUGCCUCUUAUAUACCUGGUAUGGUCUGCCUAUAGUAAGCCAAGGAUGGGAGAACUUUCCUGUUAUCACCAUCAAUGGCUUAGGGAUACCACUGGAAACCUCAUUCAUAUUCAUAUAUAUAUGGUUUUCAGUGCCAGAACAAAAGAAAUUUGUUUCGUUGGUGGCACUGCCAGUGCUAGUAUUAUUCACUGUGACUGCAUUCGUCUCAAGCUUUGUGUUUCAUGAUCACCACCAUCGGAAAGUGUUUGUUGGAAGCAUUGGAUUGGUGGCCUCCAUAUCCAUGUACAGUUCUCCACUUGUAGCUGUGAUCCAGGUAGAAUUACAUAACUCGAAACACAAGUGUCAUCUAAGCACAACUUGCAACUUUAAAUUGCAGAAGCAAGUCAUAAAGACCAAGAGCGUGGAGUUCAUGCCCUUCUACCUAUCAUUCUUCUCCUUCAUCGCCAGUUGUCUAUGGAUGGCAUAUGGAUUGCUAGGAAGGGAUCUUUUCCUUGCGACACCUAAUCUCUUGGGCAGCCCCAUUGCCCUCCUUCAACUGGUACUAUACUGCAUGUACAGAAAAGGCAAGGAAGCUCACACAGAAACCAACAAAGUGGAUUUGGAAAAGGAUGGAGCAAAAUUUGCAACACAACUGCAGGAGGUUCAUGAAAAGAAGCUUGAAAACUGAAAAAAUAAUUUAUGUCCUUUUAUGUAUGCAUGAAAGUACAUGCAUGUGCUUCCGUAAUGUGUAGCACAUUCGAACAAAUUACAUGAGCUACAUGGAGAUGGCUAGGGCACUUCGUAAGAAAUCUUAAUAAGAUGGACAAGUGAUUUUCUGUU